UUACUUAAAGGUUCUUUCCGUUCAGUGACGGAUGCAGGCGAAAUCCGUGAAAAGAUGCUAUACCUCAUUGUUAUCUUGUUAUCGUAACAAUGCCUUUAACACCCCCCGUGAAAAUCUCCACAACGGAAAUGCAUACAGGUGGAGAACCCUGUCGAAUUGUAGAAAGUGGACUCCCUGUGUUGCAGGGUGCGACUUUGCUGGAUAAAAUAAACUACAUGAGAAACAACCUGGACGAAUACAGAAGACUUUUGAUGUGGGAACCACGAGGUCAUUCCGAUAUGUUUGGAAUGCUGCUCGUGACACCAGAUAUUGAAUCCUGCGAUUUUGCCUGUAUUUUCAUCCACAAUGAAGGUUAUUCCACAAUGUGUGGCCAUGCUUUAAUAGCUUUUGGACGUUAUGCUAUAGAAAAGGGACUCGUUAAAACGAUCACUUCACCGGAGACCCGAGUGAACAUCCAGUGUCCGUGUGGUCCCGUGACUGCUUACGUCACAUAUGACGGCAAGAGCACCGGUGCCGUCAGAUUCCAAAGUGUUCCGUGUUUUGUCUUCAAAACGGACUUGGAUGUAGAGGUCCCUGGCUAUGGUCAGAUUACGGUGGACAUUGUUUAUGGAGGCGCUUUCUACGCUAUUGUACCUGCCGGACAGUACGGACUGGACAUAAGAGAAUCUAAGGUGUCAGAUCUAAGGGAGGCUGCUGGCGCCACAACAGAUAUUUUGAGGAAACAAUUAAAGUUGUCCCAUCCAGACACAGAAGGCGUGUCGCAUCUCUUUGGUACAAUUAUGACGGACGGAAAUGACGAAAUCACAGAUACCAUUUGUGUCUUCGCAGAACGCGAGGUCGAUAGGUCACCAUGUGGGUCAGGGACAUCGUCCAGAAUUGCUCUACAGUACUUCAAGAACAAGGUCAAGGUUAACCAAUCAAGGACGUUCAGAGGUCCUUCUGGAGACGUGUUUAGUGCAAAGGUCGUCAAAGAGGUCAACUGUGGAAAAUACCGAGCUGUUGUCACUGAAGUCAAAGGUCAAGGUUACUUCUGUGGAAAUUCUACUUUCACCUUGGAAGAAAACGAUGUCACCGGAAGAGGGUUUCUUUUACAGUAGCAUCCCUGCAGUUAGACUUGCGUGUUAUACAUAUAUAGACUAUAUUAACCGUUUUCCAAGUUUAUGCUACUUAAAUGUCUUCAGUUAUCCAAUAGUUUAUUAAAACUUUUUUUUUUAUCCCUGUAUUGUUUACUAUGUAUAUUUUAUACUGAAAAUUAUCGUCAGUUGGAAUUGGACCUUCAGUGCAAUAAAUCCAAAACUCAUGGAAAAGUAUUUCCAAUUGCAUCUAUAGCGCGUGUUGGCUUGUUAGAAGUCUUACAAAUCUGGGUCCAAGAACAAAGGAUAAAUAAAUUGUUGGUCUAGUCAUUGGUCUCAAUGGGGAAAGCGUCCCGUAUUAGCUGUCUAGGAAGUUUUCAUUAGUGAAGUCAGUGUCUUUUAUUUAACAAGAACUAAAAUUUUUGGAAAGAACCAAAUAUUGUGUGAAUACAAAUAGGCGAAUAGUAACUAAAAUAUACUUUUCUCCUACUGUAAAUGUAUGACUUACUCUGUCCAUCCUCCUCUCAUUGCAUACUUCA